AUGGCGGACGAGGACGACGCGGGGCGAUCGACGGCGGGGACGGAGAGUGCGAUGCGCGCGCGCACGGGACGGGAGAAUCAGCGGUAUAACGAACAGAAACAACGCCUCGUGGCGGGAUGCAUAUGUUAUCGCCGUCGAUCGACGCCCGCGAUGGAGGACUCGGCGCGCGCGUGGGGAUCGAAGGGCGGACGUUUCCUCGAGGGAGACGUUCGCGACGAGGUGGAGGUGCUGAUGCUGAACUCAAAGAAGGGCGCGCGCGUGCGCGGGCGAGAUUUGAUAUUCCCAAAGGGUGGGUGGGAGCUCGACGAGACCGACUUCGAGGCGGCCGCGCGAGAAUGUUUUGAAGAGGGCGGCGUCACCGGGGACGUGAGCGAGGGCAACGAGACGUACGAGUUCUACUCGCGAUCGCGCGUCAGGGCUGGGGCCGAGGGUGAUGAAGCGCGGUGCGUCGCGCACGUUUUCACGAUGCGCGUGCUCGAGGAGCACGAGCGUUGGCCCGAGGACGGCGUGCGAACGAGGUAUUGGCUCGACCCGCUCGACGCGUGGCGACGGUGUAAACACGAUUGGAUGCGACAGGCGCUCGUCGACUGCGAGCACCUCAGAUUGGGUGAGAAGGCGACGAUUUCGUCGUAA